AUGUCGAGCAUGUCAGAUCGCAAAGCGGAGCUAGAACGCAAGAAGGCGAAGCUCCAGGCUCUCCGUGAAGAAAAGGAUCGCCGCCGCAGGGAGAAGGAACAGAAAGAUGCUGAAGAAGCUUUGCAACGUGCCUCCGCCACCUCCAGCCUGGACAGUCGGCGCGAUCUGGAUGAGAUGCUGUCUUCCCUUGGAGUAGCACCUGUAAAGGAUGUGCUCUCAUCCUUGUCUUCCAUGACAUCACUGACACCGCCACAGACUGCAUCACCGGAUGCCAGUCUGCCACACACUGAUAAGUCCAGUUUGCCUGCUCAUGGUGGGCCGAAGAAAGCUCCUACCUUGCAAGUGGUGUCAGUCCAGUCCACAGACAUUCCACCAAAGGAGAAUGUGACAUAUGCCAAGCAGACGCAGACCACUGCAUCUGGUGUCAGCGAACUGCGCGAUGGAUACAUGGAGGACUGGUGGCGGCCGCGCAAAGCACACGCAACCGACUACUACGAUGAGUACAAUCUAAACCCGGGUUUAGAGUGGGAGGACGAAUUCACAGGCGAUGAGGAGGAAGCGGCGUUCCAUGGCAAGCUCCCGCCCGGCAUACUGCCGCACGGCCUGCCCACCGUCAAGGAGGUCCAGCCCGCCGUCACUGUCGAGCCACAGGAGAAGAAGGAUGAGGAGAAAGAGAAGAAAGUUCGCGAGCUGAGCGCGGAUGAGAAGCAGACGAUCAUGCUGUCGGCGGAGUUCCAGCGGUUCAUGUCGAAGGCCGGCCGAGUCAUCGAGCGCGCCCUGGCGGAGUCCGUCGACAUCUACACCGACUACACCGGCGGCGGUGAUAGCGAGAAUGCUCUGGACGACAAGUCAGUAGCGCGGCUGUCAUUGGUCCGCACGUUCUGGGACGAGCGCUGGUCGCGCGGGCGCUGCGUGACGUGCGCCGACUGGUCCGCCGCGCACCCCGAGCUACUGCUGGCAUCCUACCACAACUCCGACGACGCUCCACACGAUCCAGACGGGGUCUGCCUCGUCUGGAACACCAAGUUCAAGAAGUCUACCCCUGAAGAUAUCUUCCACUGCCAGUCGCCAGUCAUGAGCGCUACUUUUGCUAGGUUCCACCCGAACUUGAUCCUGGGCGGCACGUACUCUGGCCAGAUAGUUCUGUGGGACAACCGUGUACAGAAGCGUACACCCAUACAACGCACGCCACUGUCUUCACUCGCACACACUCACCCAGUAUACUGUCUAUCAGUAGUAGGCAGCCAGAACGCCCACAACCUGAUCUCGGUGUCGACGGACGGCCGCAUGUGCUCGUGGUCGCUGGACAUGUUGUCCCAGCCGCAGGAGACGCUCGACCUGCAACACCGACAGAGCAAGGCCGUCGCUGUCACUUCCAUGGGAUUCCCACAUGGGGAUGUGAACAACUUCGUGCUGGGCAGCGAGGAUGGAAACAUUUAUACUGGAUGCUUAUACGGUCAACGUGCGGGAGUGACGGAGAUGGUAGAGGGUCACGCCGGCCCCAUCACGGGCGUCUCGUGUCACGCCGCGGCCGGCUCAGUCGACCUCUCACAUCUGUACCUCACGUGCUCUAUGGACUGGAGCGUCAAACUAUGGACCCAGAAGGAGAACAAGGCGCUGUACUCGUUCGAGGACAGCGGUGACUACGUGGUGGACGUGCGCUGGUCGCCCACCCACCCCGCGCUAUUCGCGGCAGCUGAUGCUUCCGGACGCAUCGACCUAUGGAACCUAAAUAGGGAUACAGAGGUGCCAGUAGCAUCGAUCCAGGCCGAAGGCGGAGUAGCAUUCAACCGCGUGUCAUGGACUCCGUCUGGUACUCAUAUCACCGCGGGAGACGACGCCGGCAAGAUAUGGGUCUAUGAAGUCGCUGAGCACGUCGCCCAACCUCGUCACGAUGAAUGGACGAAGUUCGUAUACACCCUACAAGAGUUACGUAAUAACCAAGCGGAUGAGGAGACAGACCGACUGAGUCUAGCAGCCAGUGGCCCGUCGUCGCUGACCAGCCUCACCAGCAUGGCCAGUAACCCACUGAGGUAA